AUGACAGCCCCGGAAUAUCUCGAGCGAUAUAAACAGCUGGCAUCUAUAGAACAAGAUAAGAAUAUCCUAAUCGAGGAACUUUUGCAGCGUGUGACAGAGCUGGAGGCUGCCUUCCAGCAAGAGAAACUCGAUCAUGAACGUGAAACGCGGUUUAAUCGUGAUAUCCAGCUUCAUGAAAUGGAGUUAAUGCAGCAUAUCGCGAGGAUCAAGGCCAUUAUGGACCGCGAGCCCUUUAUAGUCGUGCUACUAGAUGGAACUGGCAUCAUCUUCAAGGACGAGUUCCUACAAAGGGGAGAAGAAGGUGGCAAAGUUGCAGCCAAUAAGCUUGCUGUCGCCCUGAAAGACUAUGUUGCCAGCAAUUUUCCGGGCCUUGAUAAUCCAAAAAUAAUCACGAGGAUGUACGUUAACUUGAAAGAUCUGAGUGAGAUGUGUGUCCGAGGCGUCAUUAGCACCGACCCAUCAUCGAUCGAGGGCUUUGCUAAGGGCUUCAACAAUGGCCAUCCACUGUUCGACCUUGUGGAUACUGGACUAGACAACGCACAUGACAAGAUUGCAGAGGCCUUCAAAGUCAACCUAUAUAACUGCCACUGUCAUCAAAUCUUCUUAGGAUGCGCCGACACCAACGCAUAUGCCCAGAUCUUGGUGGACAUAAUGGAAGACAUUGACCUAGUAGGAAGAGUAACCUUGAUCGAGGGCAUCACCUUUGAAAAAGAUCUGGCCAAGAUCAAGGCCGCAUACAGAGUCUCUCAGUUCCCAGAAAUCCUUCGAAAUACAAAAAUAACACCUGUCUGGGCCCCGUGGAAAGCCGCAGUAGCGUCCAAACCUCCUCCAGCUCUCACUCCAUCGCCGAGACCAGGCGCAGUGCCACUGUCACGAACCUCGACCAGCACGUCAACGAAUGCUAGUACGUCGAUGUCUUCCACUUCUGCCAGGCCAUCAACCCCUGGUGAAUUCCAAGUGGUGCAAUCGAAAUCAAUUACGCCUGCACGACCCAAGAUCGUUGAACGAAACAAGUACGGUCAACGUGUAGACCGGGUUGACUUUAAAAGCAUCCCGCGAGAAGAGAUGAAUCGCCUGAAGAAACUAAAAUUAUGCAACCUUCAUUACCUCCUAGGAGAAUGCACAAUUGACAACUGUCAGCAUGACCACUCGCGCAGGUUGACCAAAAGUGAACUUUCAGUUUUAACCGCCAUCGCCCGCAUGACACCCUGUCGAUAUGGACUAGAUUGCGAUGACCCGGAAUGUACAUAUGGGCAUCGGUGCCCUCACGCAGAGCCCGGGAAAAAAGAUUGUUACUGGGGUUCGAAUUGUCGAUUUGAUCCUGCCGCGCACGGCAUCGACACCAAUAUCGUUAAGUUAACCAAGGUCUAA